UUGAACCCAGGCCUGCCUUUCAGUAGCUUGGGGACCACCAGGGAGCUGAGAGGAUGCUGAGGCCUCUCCCCCGAUUUUGGGAUAGUGACACCUCUCCCUGACCCAUUUCAACCUCACCUCUCGGUCCCCCGCUCCAGGGAGAGGGCCAGUAGGCAGCAUUGAUGGUGAAACCCAAAUGUGCUCUUCCCCUGGGUGUGCCCGCUGCAGCAUUUGGAGCCAUUUUCCUAGCUCCCUGGCCACAGCCCUGUAGGUCAUCCUCAAUUCCUCUCCCAUCCACAUCUGCAGACCUGGGCAGUGGCACCUUCGGAAUGUUUCCAGAGCCGCCCUCUCUCAUCCCAGCCCCUCCACGGUCCUGUCCACCGCUCUCUCCCAUUUGGAGAGUCAUGUAGCCUCUUUGGUGUCUCCCUGCUCCUGUCACACAUACAGCCGGAGCGCCCCUGUGACAGGUAUCAGGGCUUGUGCCCCUGCCCAGAGCCCCCUGUGGCUCCAUUUCAGGAAAGGACAGGGUUGUCACUGUCGUCCACGAGGCCCCACUUCAACCCUCCCUCUCUUCCUCCUUCCUUACAUAACGUGAUUGAGUAUUGUCUAUCACCCCUUCUCAAAUGCCUGCUCCAAGAGUGCAAGACAAUGUGCCAGUCCUUCGCUGCAGCAGCCUCACUGGGCAUGUGGUAGGUGCUCAAUAAAAAUUACAGGCUUGAAGGUGCUGCAACCUGAGGAGUUCCCAGUAUCCAGAACUGCUUAAAUCAGUGGUCACCAACCGGUGGUCCUCGGACCACGGGUGGCCCGUGAGGUCCAAAAGGUUGGCGACUGCUGGCCUAAAUGAUCUUACACAUACAUUCAUUUAUUUACUCCUCACCGUCAAGCCUCACCUGUGGAAUAGGUUGUCACCAACUCUAUUUUACAAAUGAAGAAACAGGUGUCAAAGAGGUUAAGCAAUUGUCCAAGGGCUGCAGGGCUGGGAGCUGUGGAGCUGGGAGUCAGGCAGAGCCCAGUCACAACCUCAGGGAUAGGAAGGCUAUGAGACCCACUUUCCAGGUGAGGAAACGGGCCAAGAAAAGGUAAGAGUUGCCUGAGGUUAGUAAGUGGCUUCUUCGAACCUAAGCCCACCUUUCAACGAGGCCUUUUGCUUGUCAGACCUUCUCUGGGGGAACCUCCCUAUCCCCAUGCUGGUUCUGUGCCGGAAGCAGGAGGGGAAAGGGUGCAGGGUGUGGGUCCCCAUGAAUAAUUGAGGGACUCAGGCAGGUCAGCGCCCCGCAGCUGUUCCACCUGCAGUAGGAGGGCGUGGUGGUGACAUCACUUUCUCCCUGUGGGGAGUGGGUAAUGGGUUAUAAGGAGCUGCCACCCUAGCGCUGAGGACCCUGAUUGGGAAGCACCACCAUGCAGUGCCAUGGAAGGCCCUCCGUGCUGCUGUUGCUGUCACUGUCCCUGCUGCUGGGGGCGUCCACUGCUGCUCCUCUGGCGUCAAGAUCCUCCAAGGAGGAGCUGACCCGCUGUCUGGCAGAGGUAGUCACAGAAAUGCUGACUCUGGGUCAGGCCCAGCGAGGCCCCUGCAUGGCUCUCCUGCACAAAGAGAUGUGUGAGACAGAGCCCUACAGCUGUGUGUCCACUGAGGAGAAAGGCCUGCUGGUUAGCGAUUUCAAGAAGCGGGAGGCUGGGAAGAUGAGGUCCAGCCAGGAAGUGAGGGAUGAGGAAGAGGAGGCAGCAGAGAGGACCCACAAGUCUGAGGUGCGGGAACAGGCCAUGCACGAGCAUCUCCACAGCCGGCUCCGCCAGGAAGAGGACCAUGAGGAGGCACAGAAGAAGGAGGAGGAGGAGGAGGAAGAGGAGGAGGAGGAGGAGAAGGAGGAGGAAAAGAAAAAGGGGCCCAUGGAGACCUUCGAAGGCCUGUGGAAGCGGUGGCAAGAGGAUGGAGGGGACCCCCAGAAGCAGGUGGCAGAGCAGGCCAGUGACGAGGAGCUGGCCCAGUUCAAGGCCAAGGAGAAGGGCAUGCAUGUGCUGGGUGGGGGCAGCAGCCUGUGGCAGGGGGCCAAGGGCAGGGGAAGAGAGAGGCACAAGGACUCGCUGUACCACCACCGCCGCCAGCCAGAAACUGAGUCCAAGCAGGAGGAGAAGGAAGAGGCUUUGGAGAGGGAGGAGCAGGAUGUGGAGCAGCUGGAGCACGUGAGAGAGGAGCUGAAGAAGGCAGCGGAGAUGCUGGGGGAAGAGCUCAGGAGGGAGGGCUGACUCGACCUCAUGUCCUCCUUCCUGGCACACCCUAUGGCUUAGGACUGGUGACCCCAAAACCCCCACCUCAUCUGGAGCCCCUGCCUCUCCCCAACCUGCAGGAAUGGGAGAAGGGUGUGCCUUGGAACCAGGCCUGAGGGGCCAAGCCUUCCCUGAAUAAGGGGAUGGGUUUAGACUGACUCAAAAAACACUCUGCCACCCACGAAACCCACUCCAACCCUUCUGAGUGAAUAAAGCACAAAGAAAACCA